AUGUCCGGACUCGACAAGGUCUUCAAGUCCUCCUCAGCUCCAGGAAUCUCGACUAGCGUCACCAAGUCUUCAAUCGCGACCAAGUCAUCGGUCCUCACCAAGUCGGUGUCGGUCGCCACGACCACCACGAGCUCUGUGAGCCCAAGCUGCGAAUAUGUCUCUCGCCACAAGUAUCUUCGUGAUCGUCGUCUCAUCACUCGCAACGAUAUUCGUCAGCGCAUGAGCGUCUGGAGCCGUUUGUUCGCGUUUUGUCGUGGAGGUAUUCAGGAUUCAUCGCUGCUGGACUGCGAGAGCAUCUUCACCGUCCGCCCAUAG